UCGUCAGCCGGCAGAAAAUCAGAGACUGUGUUAAUCUGCUGCGCACAGUGACACAGACGGUGAUUUAGAUGUGGCGUGGGAGGUAAGACAGGCUGGUGGUGGCUGCUGCCAGCUUCCCGCACGGCUUCUUACUGCUCCAGAGGAAGCAGCCUGUCGCCGUGGGUCACCCAGGCAGCACCGCAAAGGGACCUGGGUACCACCCAUCAGGCAAUAGCGGACAUACCUGUUCUCUCACACCCCGUUCCCUAUAAAUAGAAUUAUUGCAGCUGUCAGAGGCUUUUCCUCCUUUUGUGUUUUCACUCUUACCACCCUUUCAAAGCCAGAGGAACACAGCUGAAUUAAGGAAACACAGGCUGAGCUGAAGUGUAGACACAUAUCGUUGUUGCUUGGUAUAAAGAUGUAUUCUUUAAUGAAAUUCUCUGGAAGCAGACACAGGCUGCCACGGAGGACUCCUGCUGGAUCUGUUUUGCUAUAAUACUUGCAUCUUUGUAUGAUUUUUGCAGCCAAGAGGGAGAAUACAGAGCCGAGUGGGUGAGCUAUUAUAUUCUCAAAGUUUUCAUUAUCCCUGAGUCUACGUGAUGAAUGAUUUUUAUACAUCUUUGGCAUCAGAAGCCGUCUCUCAACCAGUGGUACCAGUGCUGCCUUCAUGACUGCUGCUCUUCUAGCAUUGCCUGUGCCGUGCUUUCACUGACCAUAGGAAAAUGUUCAGAUUAGAAACGGUUAAGGGGUUUUUUUUUAGAGUAAACUGAAAUACUUUACUGGACAGACAACAAUAAGUAGAUAAUCUUAAGGUAAUUUCUUCCCAGUUUAUUGUACUAAUGAAGCUGGUAACCUCCAAUGAAAGCUCCCGCACUAUAAAAGUAGAAUUGUAAUUGUAUUAACUGAUGCACUGAAUAGUAAAACAAUGCUUUGGUUACAUUCUGGGCACCGGUGUCACCGUUUUCUUGCCCAUGAGGUCAUUGGUAUGCCUUGUUUCUAGCCCUGUUAAGUACUUACAGACCCUCCCUUCAUUUUCUUGCAGUCUUUGAUGUUUUUGUUAUCUUGACAGCCAUCCUGAAGGAUGGAAGGAGGGAAUAAGGCUUUUCCUUGUUUAUCAAAGAAUUACCAGAGUCAUAAAGAAAUUUAGACCGUGUAGUUUCUCCGGUCUGUGGGAGCAGCAGCUAUAAAUCUCUCCAGGCUGGUUUGUUUCAGCUGGCUGCACUCGCGGUGCACACUUCACUGCCAUCAACUGAAGGCACAACAGGGUCCCAAGGUGGCUUUUUACUACACAAGAGGUCCCCAUCGCUUCGUCAGUCAUCAAAAUAAAUAGAAUUUGGCUUGGUUUGGGUUUUGGUCUUUUUUUUCCAAAACAAGUAACUAGGCUCAGAUAGAACAAAAGUGUUUAGAAACUUGUCCUGAUGCAUCAGAAUUCUAGCAGCCACAGCCCCUGUGCAAAACAUGCUUAUGAAGGAUGCUUGUGAGGAGUUCCUCAGCUGAAGUUCAUGAGUUUUCAUAAUUUAGCUAAAUGCUAGUUUGUAGAAUUAUCCUUUCUUCUUAGAAGGUCUUCUUUAAAUUACCUGGACUGAUCUUUCUUCUUUCUCAUCAAAACUGUGGUCCAACAUUACUGUGAGCAGGUAAACAAUUCUCUAGCCCUGCAUGAUCACAUCAUAGUGAGGAGGACUUGAUAACAUCUGGAAACAUCUGAGCACCAUGUUCAGAGAAAAAGUGAUUAGUGCAAAGCCUUGUGAGGAAUUCAGGUCUUGGACAGAUAUUGAAGCAUGUUUUAUUCUGAAAAACAUCCCUUCUCCAGUGGGAUAACCUGCAUUUGUGGUGUUUGAACUUCCAGGCAUUUUGACUGGCUCUGUAUGGGCCCAGAUGUUCUCCUUGCCUGGAGCUCUACUGUCCCAUGCACAGAACCAGAGCUGUACGACUGCCUGAGAAGGCAGUGUCCCCUGGGCUGUGAUGAACUACCACAGGAAGAAUCUAACCCAAGCAGAAAAUUCCUUAUAUUUGGGUUACUAUGGAAUAGCCAGUCUUGAUGUUGAGGCUCUGAUUGCUGGGCAUGAUGAGAAAUGCACUGAAUCCAAAGCUGGGAUUUUGCUCUCACCAGUGCCAAGGCACGGGGACUCACAAUUUGUGUAGUCAUUCCCAAUUUGUAAGAGAAUGGUCAAGAGGAAGACUCAUAUCCAUCCCAGAAUGAUGUUGCCUUGCCAGUAUCUGUAGGAAAACUCCGACACACGACGUACCCUUCACAUAGUGCAGUGGAGCAGGUUGAGCAGUGCUGCCGUGGCAGCUCAGACUCGUGACGGCUGAGGAACAAUCUCCCCUUGGCAGCUGUGGCAGCCGUACUCCGCAGCCACCCUGCAGGAGACACUGGACAUGCGGCAGAGCACCAUCCUCGUGCUUGAGAAAAGGUGUGCGACCAAUGCAGUGUUUCAUUGCACACUUUCAAUGCAGUGUGACCAAUGGGUGUUUCACCCAUCGUGAUGCCCUCUCCAAGGCAAAAUGAGCCCGCGGGAGUCUCGAGCCAGAAGCUCAUUUGGUUCCACUCCCAGAAAAGUCAACGAAACCCAUUUUAAGUGGAAUGAUUUCAUCCUGUACUGCAUGCGGAGUGGCUUGCCAACAUUACCAGUAAUAGCAUGGGUUUAUCCCAGGUACAAGCUAAUGGAGCGCAGAGCUACAGCGUUUCUGUGUAGCUGAUUAGUGGAGCCCUGGAUGAAAAGAUGAUGAAUGUGGCACAGGUGGGCAGGAUCUCACUUGGCUUCAGGGUCUGACUGUCUUUAAGCAUUUUUCUCUUUAACAGAUCCCUUCUCAAAAUGUCAUUCUCAACACUAGCUAAUCACCAUCCCUUGCUGAAAGAAGAAAAGCCCUAUCUAAAACUAAGUGGCAGCUAAAAUUUGGUGACCCUGUCAAGGACUUCAGAACCCGAGUUGUCACUAGUGUCUUUUAGGUGGAAAGCAUUAAGAUAGCACGGUGAGGAGGGCAGAAGCCACUACGUGUUGGGAAUGUUAAAUAUCACAGUGUGUGGUUCUGACUGUGCAGAAUCUCUUUCCCCAUCCCCUUCCCUUAAAAUAGUUUUUCUUAAACCACAAAACUUUCUGCUUCACAGACAAGGAAAGCAAACACCGACACAAUCUCCGGCGAUGUUCUGCAGAUAUUCCCUCUUCUUCAGUUUGUGCCUUUUCCUUCCGACUCAAAGGAGGUGUUCCCUGUGUCACAGACCUGACUUGCGCGGCGGUGACACAACAUCCCUCCCUGGAUUUGAGAACCUCACUACGGGAUACAACAAAUACCUCAGGCCCUACUUUGGAGGAGAACCUGUUCAAAUUGCAAUGAGUCUGGACAUCGCAAGCAUUUCUAGUAUAUCUGAGAGUGACAUGGAUUACACAGCUACUAUCUACUUGCGGCAGCGCUGGACAGACCCCCGGCUGGUCUUUCAUGGCAACAAGAGCUUCACUCUAGAUGCUCGUCUGGUGGAAUUGCUCUGGGUACCAGACACAUACAUUGUGGAGUCAAAAAAGUCCUUCCUGCAUGAUGUCACCGUGGGAAACCGUCUCAUCAGACUGUUCUCUAAUGGCACCAUCUUGUAUGCCUUAAGAAUCACUACGACUGUUGCUUGUAACAUGGACCUGUCCAAAUAUCCCAUGGACACACAAACCUGCAGACUGCAACUGGAAAGCUGGGGAUAUGAUGAAAACGAUGUCAUCUUCAUGUGGUUGAGAGGAAAUGACUCUGUCCACGGCAUAGAGAAGUUGCGGCUCUCCCAGUACACGGUGGAACGUUACUACACCCUGGUCUCGAAGUCACAGCAGGAAACAGGCAAUUAUCCACGACUGAUAUUGCAGUUUGAGCUGAGAAGAAAUGUCCUUUACUUCAUUUUGGAGACCUAUGUUCCCUCCACUCUGCUCGUCAUGUUGUCCUGGGUUUCUUUUUGGAUCACACUGGAUUCAGUGCCUGCAAGAACCUGCAUUGGAGUAACGACGGUGCUUUCCAUGACGACUCUGAUGAUUGGCUCACGAAGUUCACUUUCAAAAACCAACUGUUUCAUUAAGGCUAUUGAUGUUUACCUCGGCAUCUGCUUCAGCUUCAUCUUUGGUGCCCUUGUGGAAUACGCAGUGGCUCACUACAGCUCAUCACAAAAGCGCACAGCUAAAGCACCUCAAGAGGGGUCUGCAAAAGAACUUACUAAAGAAAUGGAAGAAGUCAACAUCACUAACAUCCUCAACAGCUCCAUUGCCAGCUAUAAAGGGAAAAUCAGCUUCACAAGCAUUGAGAUCUCCAGUGAUAAUGUUAACUGCAGUGGUUUGACCAUGAAAACUCAUGAGAAAAUCAAAUGUUUCUUGAGAAACAAAAUGCACAGGAUUAUUGGUUAUUUCACCAUUCAGAACCCCAGCAAUGUAGACCACUACUCUAAAAUGCUUUUCCCUUUGUUUUUCAUGCUGGUCAAUGUGUUUUAUUGGGCUUAUUACCUAUAUUUUUAGUAGAAAUGAGUUGCUUUAUUCUCCUACUUCAGCAAGGGAGGAAUCUUGCCAAUGGGGACCUAGGUAACGAACCACAGUGAAUCCAACAGAUCCUCUGUUGUGUUUCCCGAGACACAGAGCAGAAGAGAGUGUGACGUACAGGAGAUGCAAAGCCUUGGCGCUUCAAUAUUAGCAACACUGACUCCGGACAACAGCGUGUUCAGCCGAGUGGCUGUGCUGGGCUCUCGUGCUCACCCCUGCUUUUCCCUCCAGCAUCCAGCCUCUCACGUGGCUGCAGACGGGUGUGGAGGACUGCACGUGGCAGCAUUAUCUUGGGAGUCUGAAGCAGGUUGGAACCUUCUAGAUCUCCAAGAGGAUGUAGGAUUAUAGCUGUUAUUGUUUGUCAGAGAGAACAGUAACAAAGGGACUGUGGUGGCUGUCUCAGCAGAACCUCUGUUCCAUGAGAGAACCCAAAGGCAGCGGAGAGAAACCUCUCCCAUGCGCUGUGGUUCCUUGUCCCUGCACGAUGUGGUGCUGGCACUGGUGCACUGAAGCACCGCAUUGCUUUAAUACUUGUCAGACUCACUGGGGUUAUCCUCACUUGCUGAAGAUAUCCAUCCUUGAGAUAGACAGAGGGCUUUUUAUUUGUAGAGCUGUGGUUUUUCAGAGAUUUCGGAACAAGAAAUAUAGGCAGCAAAAGUGUUUUGUAACCCAUCUCUUGCACUCUUCUUGUUGUGCCGCAACUGGACAGGUUCUACCACCAUCUACACCUUCUCACAAACAGGUUAUUUUUCACCCCAGAGAGCUCUUCCUUCCGCUCUCCCUGCUAUAGGCAGCUCUUGUUCCUUGCCAACCAUAUGGAAGAGUGGCCAAUUUGUCAUCCCCUCUUUUCUGUGGCUGCGCAGCUGUGGCAAGUCAGUCCGUGUGUGGGCUGAGGUGCAAUGAUCUAAAUCAGCCUUACCCUCUCUAUUUUAGCCUGAAACAGUGUUAGUUUUUUGCAGAAAUUCAGAUUUAAAGUGGGAUCUGGAAAAUGCCAGCCAGCUCUGUUUAUCCUGCAAUCAGCAGGACCACAAGCUUUGUUUCAGAAAUAUAUUAAAUAUGGGGGGGGGACAUACUUUGUUUUGAGAACCAAAUGCCAUUUGUACUCUGUAGCUUAAGGCUACUGGAAGUCUUUGUUUCUUGAUUUUAAAAUGACCGUUUUAUGACAGAUUUCCCCCUACCUUUUUGGUUUAUGCAAUUUUCCUAACUUUGAGGGUGAAAUCCUGCAGUUCUGUAAGUAAAACGGUCGUCAUCUGCAGUGGCUACAGUUCAGCAGGAGUUCUGGCCGCGAGAGGUCUCUCAGCAGGUCACUUAUAUUACAGGCUUAUGCACGUGGGUUUUGCUUAGUACGAGUCUCUUACUGGGGUUUCCUAUAGGAGGUGGGCAAAGCACAAAAAUAUAGAUUAUUUUUUUCCUUUAAUAACGUUUUAUCGAACCACCUCCCCACAAUAUAUUGUGAAGGUUCUAAACCCCAUAUUCAUAAAUCAUAGCUUUUACAAAGAGCAGCACAAGAAGACAGAGGGGAACAAACUGACAAGGGCAAGUGAAUAAACACAGGCUCCAAUAAUGAAAUGCUGCCUUGUAUAUACUGGCAUUUAAAGUCCAUUCCAGAAAAUACAAUAAAGUGACCGUGUAUGAUAUGAACACAA